AUGGACACAUCCAUGUGGCUGACUCUGCUCGUGGCUGCGCUGUGCGCGCUGCCCGUGCUGCUCUGGACUUUGUGUCCAUACUUCACCCAGGACUGCAUGUACAUUCUGAAGAUUUUGCACUUAGGAUUGCGCAUGGAGCGCUACAGGAGGAGAGCUCGCUUGUACAGCAUUCUCGACUGCUUUCUGGAUGCUGUGAGGAAGCACCCACACAAACCCUUCAUCUACUUCAUGGGGGAGACGUACUCGUACUUGGAUGUGGACAGACAGAGUAAUAAAGUGGCUCAUGCUUUGCAGAAGGUGGCUGGACUGAAGGAGGGUGACAUUGUGGCCUUGUUCUUAGGCAACGAGCCUUGUUUCAUGUGGAUGUGGCUCGGUCUGGCUAAACUUGGCUGUAUUGCUGCUUUACUCAACUUUAACAUCAGAUCCAAAUCCCUUCUGCACUGCUUCUCCUGCUGUGACGCAAAGGUGCUGAUAGUAGCCAAAGAGCUCUGUGGUGCCAUUGAAGAAAUUUUACCUGCUUUGAAAGAGAAGAGCAUCAGCGUGUAUGUGCUGUCUGAUACAUGCAGCACAGAUGGCAUGAAGGGCAUUUCUCAGGUCAUCACACAGGCGUCUGAUGAAGCGCUGUCUCCAUCACUCAGAGCGAACAUUCAUAUCCACAGCAGAGCGCUGUACAUCUACACAUCUGGAACCACUGGUCUGCCUAAAGCAGCCAUCGUGACUCAUGAGAAAAUUUGGGCUGCUUCGUUCAUCCAGGGGGUCGCUGGAGUCACAUCUAAAGACGUGUUUUACCUCAACCUGCCUCUGUACCACAGCUCUGGCUUCCUCAUAGGAUUCACCAACUGUAUUGAGAGAGGUAAUUCUUUAGUUCUGCGGAGGAAAUUUUCUGCCUCUCAGUUCUGGGAUGACUGCAGGAAGUAUAAUAUUACAGUGAUACAGUACAUUGGAGAAACAAUGCAUUAUCUCUGCAAUACACCAAAGAAAGAUAAUGACCGAGACCACAAAGUAAAGAUUGCUAUAGGUAACGGCAUACGAGCUGAAGUGUGCAAGGAAUUUUUGAAUCGAUUUGGGAAUAUUCACAUCAGGGAGCUCUAUGGUGCCACAGAGGGUAACGUCGGGUUUCUUAACUACACCACAAAGAUUGGAGCGGUAGGCCGGAUUAACUUCCUCCACAAGAAAUUCUUCCCCUGCGCCCUGCUCAAGUUCAACACUGAGAAAGAGGAGCCUGUGAGGAACGCUGACGGACUGUGUGUGCCAGCAGCUCCAGGUGAGCCUGGACUGCUGGUUGGGAAAAUCACCAUCAAGUCUCCAUUUACGGGUUAUGCUGGAAAUAAGCAGCAGACGGAAAAGAAAAGACUCAGCGAUGUGUUUGUUAAAGGCGAUCUCUAUUUCAACAGUGGCGACUUGCUGAAAAUCGACCAUGAAAACUUUGUCUACUUUCAUGAUCGGGUUGGAGACACUUUCAGAUGGAAAGGUGAAAACGUAGCCACAACUGAAGUAUCAGAUAUUCUCAUGAUGGUGGACUGCAUUGAGGAAGCAAACGUCUAUGGUGUCAAAGUCAAAGGGCAUGAAGGGAGAAUUGGAAUGGCAGCUGUUGUGUUAAAAGAAGGGAAGGAGUUUGAUGGCAUUGACACACAUACAGUCAUAGCUAACCACCUACCAGUUUAUGCCAGACCCCAUUUCAUUCGCAUUCAGAGUUCUUUGGAACUCACAGGAACGUUCAAGAUGAAAAAGGUGAAGUUGGUGGAGGAAGGCUUUGAUCCGGCGCUCAUUCGCGACCCACUCUACUUCCUUAAUCUAGCUGAAAAGAAAUACAUUGCCCUCACACAGGAAAUUUAUAAUUCAUUGAUUGCAGGAGACAUUAAACUAUAA